UGCUAGGAAGGAGUAUCUGUCCUUUACAAAAAUUUUCUCAACAGUUUCUAUAUUUGCUUUGGCGUAUUCAUCAGUUCCUAUUCAAUUUUUCAAAUAUCUUUUUUUUUGUAAAUAAUCUAAAGUGGUAAUUGGAAGCGGUCAAGAAAUAUGAGUAUCUUUGGAAUAGUCGCCGUGUCAAUAAUAUGUGCAAUCGCCUUUUUAUUCGUCUCAUAUGGAGCUCUUCGUCUAAUAAAUACGGCUAGAAGAAGAAGCAUUAUGAAUAACGCUGAUUCAUCCUCUAUGCGAUCUUGGAAAUUUUUGAAGAACCCCUUUGCUCGUUCUGGAAAGUUUGAUGCUUUGGAUGCCGAUGAUAUGUGGGACAGUCGAGUUGAAGAAACAGAAUUAAGUACCAUUCCGUCAGCUGCUAACUAUUUCGAGAAUGCUACUGAAAGGUCUCCAUUUGUUACUACAGAACUGAGCUCUCAGCGAGAUUCUUCACCCGUUUCCCAUGAAAAGAAUUCAGAGAGCGAAGCUUUCACGUCUCCAUUUCAUCCACAGAAUGCACCGUUCUCGCAGAACAAAGCCAUUUAAAGUCUUACGUUUUCAUUCUUGCGUCAAGUUACUUCAAGUCGCUGCAUUGUUAUUUAUGUUUAAUUAAGUUUUCCAUACAUAUAGAAAAAAAAAACAUUGCUGAAAAGCUCACCUUACGCAUCUAGCUUUGGAUGGAGAUUGUUUAUUAAAGCUGGCUUCCUAUCAUAUUUCAAUCAUUUAUCCCUACAAUAUACUUAAGCAUUCCCUGGACAUUCUUUUUGAAAUUGUUUCAACAUUUUUUAUUUGUCUUAAUUCUCUCCUUUUUCCUGCCCUUCAUUGUUUUCGAAUUUCGUUUGUUUUGCAUAUUAUUGUUCGCAGAUUUACCUACAUUUACUACCCUCGAAAAUCGAACUGGAAUCUGAACAAAGCAGUUUUUCGUGUUUGACUGAAUUUAUGUUCCAAAAUAUCAGUUCUGACUACCUGUUUAAUGAUUUUUAUUAUACCAGCGUUCAUUAAUAUACUGUUAUUAAUCAUGAGAGCAUUUUGUUUCACUUAGACAGUUACUUGUUCAAAAUGUAUACUUUUCAUAUUUUAUAGUUUCAUUAAAGUAGG